CACAUAGCCUUAGGUUGUAGUGAAGUCACCCAAACAGCAGGUGGCAGCAUAACCAGGAAUUCAGAAGGAAGUGGUUCAGGUCAUGAGGUUGACUUUUCCCACCGCUACGCUGCUUUCCGUUCUAAAUAGUUCACCAUGAAUCCGCUAACGAAGGUGAGGUUGAUCAACGAACUGAACGAGCGCGAGGCCGACCUCGGGGUGAAGGAGUCCGUGUCCUGGCACAAUGAGUACAGAGACAGCGCCUGGAUAUUCGUGGGAGGUUUGCCUUUCGAGUUGACUGAAGGUGACAUCAUCUGCGUCUUCUCUCAGUACGGAGAGAUCGUGAACAUCAACCUGGUGCGGGACAAGAAGACUGGGAAGUCCAAAGGUUUCUGUUUCAUCUGCUACGAGGACCAGAGGAGCACCAUCCUGGCUGUGGACAACUUCAACGGCAUCAAGAUUAAAGGGCGGACCAUUCGUGUGGACCACGUUAAAGGCUACCGUCCCCCCAAAGACACAGAGGACAUUGACGACGUGACCAAACAGCUGAGAGAGGAGGGCUGUGCACCCAAAGUCCCCGAGACGUCCUCCUCUUCCUCAGAGGAAGACGAGCAGUACACUAUCCCUGUGAAAAAGCCCAAAAAAGACAAGAAAGAGAAGAAGAAGAAGAAGAAAGAGAAGAAGGAAAAGAAGAAGGCUGAGAAGGAGAAAGAGAGGGGGAGCCGGGCGUUGUGUUCCUCCUCUUCCCCACCUCCUCUUCCUCCUCCUGCCAUCAGAAUCAAAGAGGAGAAGGAGGACGCUGCCUACAGCAAGUACAACCAGAGGGGGGCGCCACCUGGAGGACAAGAGAAUGGACAGAGAGCAAGGGAGAAUGAGAGACUCCAGGGGGAGGGUGAGAGGAGGAGAGAGACAGACAGGGAGACAGAGGAAGACAGGAGGAGGAAUCGUGAGAGGGAGGGUGACAGGAAGAGAGAGAAAGACAGAGAUUAUGAAAGAAAAAGAGAGACUGAUCUGGACAGAGACAGUGACAGGAGAGAGACUGACAGAGACAACACCAGAAGAAGAGAGACAGACAGAGGAAGAGACUAUGACAGGCGAGAGACAGACAGACACAGAGGUGGUGAUAUAAGGAGAGACACAGACAGGGACAGAGAAAACGACAGAAGAAGAGACACAAACAGGGACAGGGAAAGCGACAGAAGAAGAGAGUUUGACAGAGACAGAUAAUGUAACUGUUAGGUGGAUGCUGUUAAAACAAACAAACUGGAAGGCUGAGUCCUGCUGGCGCCCUCUACAGGCUGCAUCUCACAAUACACUGAUUUGUUCUCAGUUGUUCAGACCAAAAACAGCACUGAUUUAAUAAUCCAGCCUCCAUUUCACAGACAUACAGCAUGUGACAUUGAUGCUUUCUGUCAGUCAGGUAGGAGACUCGAAGGUUUUUUUAAGACUUCAUUGACAUGUAACAAGAUGUCUUACGCUCGCAUAGCUCAGUUUAAAAUGUAUCUGGAUGUCAUCUGUCCUGGAAUCGAGCAGGAAAUGCCCAAGUGCCACAGUGCAGAAGUGAAAUGAAGUGAAAUGUGUUCAGGCAGUGGCCCUUCCCCAUCCAGGAAACUUCGAUAUUUGUACCAUUUUGUAAUAAAAACAAAUGUCUUCCCCUGUGA